CGGCUGGUCUCUCACCCGAUAUGGAUACGCCCCAGCAGCCCUAUGCAAUCCGGUCUCGUUAACACUAAGCCUCUUAUCGGGGACUUCCCAAAGAGGCUGGCGAGCCGGCCGCCUCAUGCUCUUUCCAGUGCCUCAAAAACUUCACGCUUCUGAAUCGCCGCAUCGUUUGGCUGGAUGCACAUACGGCCCAAGAUGUUGCCUAACCUGAGGAAGAAAGAUUUGCCAUCUUUCGGCAUACCGAAGGUAAGUAGGGGGAGUCGGCAUUCCGAGAAUAUCUUGCGUCGACCCUCAGCUGGCCCUCCCCGUGUGUGGCGCAGUUGAUACUUAUGUCUAUUAUAAAAAGAAGUGCUUGUGACUGCUUUCCGUGUUGACUCUUCAAACCUGCCCCUUUCAGUUUCUGAGAACUCAUCACAAAACACAAUACUCUCUAACUAUACGCUUCCUACAUCCUCGAGCAAGUCAACAUGAGUGGGGAAGGUGACAGCAGCGGUGGCGGAGGGUACAACAAGUACUCUUGCUGCUACCGGAUUGAGUUCAACUGUCCCGAAUUUGUUUGGCAGAAUGGCGAUGCAUGUGGUGCAUGCUUGGCCAAAGGUCGACCAUCGAAGCGAGAGACCGAAUAAGUAUUCGGGUUUCCUCCCGUCGGCGUGCCUAUCAUUGGGAAUGGGCGGGCCCACUACGUUCUAGGUCAGGACGCUGACCACGAAUUUGGAGAGAAUGGCGACGACGAGUGUGUGGAAUACUACGUAUAGUAGUCUUCUCGCCUAUUCCGAUGCCAAAGGGAGAGUUUGCAGAGAACCUGGCCGCAAUUUUCUUUCAUUUACCAGCGGGUGGCGGCAACCUUCCUUCAUUUACAGCAGGCGACGGUAUCAUCCCUCAUUUCCCAGCGAGUGGCGGCAAACUUCAUUUAAUUACCAGCAGGCGGCAGAAUCAUCCCUCAUUUCCCAGCAGGC